AUGUCGGAAACUCAUUUAAGCGUUAGUAAUAACGAAUCUCCAUCUGUCGAGGAUGGAAAUAGACAAUUCGAAGAGGUUGCCAAGGACUUGGAGAGCCAAGCAAAAGCUAUUAGUCAGUCUCAGCGUUUCCAAGAUAUACAUACUGAUCCAGGUGACGUCGAUAUUGAAUUGGGAGAAAGAGUCCGAGAGAAUGAAGAUGAUUUCAAACUGCGAAAAUAUUUUGAAAAUUCAAUGCGUACUCAACUGGAGAUUGGUGGAAAACCUAAAAAGAUGGGUGUCUCCAUUAAGAACUUGACUGUAGUAGGUCAGGGUGCCGAUCAUUCUAUUAUUGCCGACAAUUUUACACCUUUUAAAUUUUUAUUAUCUUGUUUAAAUCCUUUAAAUUAUUUUAAAAAGAGAGAACUCAAUACAUUUAAUAUUUUAAAUGAUAUUAAUGGAUAUAUUGAGGAUGGUAAGAUGUUGUUGGUUUUGGGUCGUCCUGGAUCUGGUUGUUCCACCUUGUUGCGUGUUGUAUCCAAUCAAAUUGAAUCUUAUAUCGAUGUAACUGGUGAAGUUAAGUAUGGAAACAUUCCAUCCGAUGAAUUUGGUAGAUAUCGUGGUGAGGCAAUCUAUACACCAGAGGAAGAUAUCCAUUAUCCAACACUCACUGUUUUCGAAACUCUCGACUUUACCUUAAAGUUAAAGACUCCACAUCAACGUUUGCCAGAGGAAACCAAAGCUAAUUUCCGUACCAAGAUCUUUGAUCUCUUGGUUUCUAUGUAUGGUCUUGUUAAUCAAAGAAAUACUAUUGUUGGAAAUGAAUUUGUUAGAGGUUUAUCUGGUGGUGAACGUAAAAGAAUGACUAUCACUGAAGCAAUGGUGUCUGGAUCAUCUAUUACAUGUUGGGAUUCAUCUACUCGUGGUUUGGAUGCUGCAUCAGCUUUGGACUAUGCUAAAUCAUUGAGAAUCAUGUCCGAUACUCUUCACAAGACUACCAUUGCUUCUUUCUAUCAGGCAUCUGACUCCAUCUACGGUUUGUUUGACAAGGUAUUGGUUUUGGAUAAGGGUCGUUGUAUCUACUUCGGUCCAAUCCAUCUUGCCAAGAAAUAUUUCUUGGAUCUUGGAUUCGAUUGUGAACCAAGAAAAUCUGUUGCCGACUUUUUGACUGGUAUCUCCAAUCCUCAGGAGCGUUUGGUACGUCCAGGUUUUGAAGGUCGUGUCCCAGAGACAUCUGGUGAUCUCGAAAGUGCAUGGAAGAGAUCUGCCUUGUUCAGAGAGCAAAUGGAGGCACAGCAACUCUAUGAAGCAACUGUCGAGAAGGAACAACCAUCGGUAGAGUUCAUCGAACAAAUUCGUAAUGAGCGAAGUAAGACUUCUUCGAAGCGCUCACCAUACACCUCCAGCUUCAUUACACAAUCGAUUGCUCUUACCAAACGUCAAUUCCAAUUGAGUUAUGGUGAUAAGUUUACCAUUGUUUCAUUGUUCUCCACUGUUUUUAUCCAAUCUUUUAUUUUGGGUGGUGUCUAUUUCCAGCUUGACAAGACAACCAACGGUUUAUUCACAAGAGGUGGUGCUAUUUUCUCGUCGAUUAUCUUUAUGUGUAUCUUGACAAGUGGUAAUCUUCAUAAUACUUUCAAUGGUAGACGUAUCCUACAGAAACAUAAGUCCUAUGCACUGUAUCGUCCUUCUGCUUUCUUGAUAUCUCAAGUUUUGGUUGACAUUCCAUUUGCAUUCGCACAGUCAUUCCUUCAUGCAAUCAUCGCCUAUUUCAUGUACGGACUGGAUUAUAAUGCUGGAAAGUUCUUUAUAUUUGCAUUCACAUUGGUUGGUGUAACUCUGGCCUCUGGUUCGUUGUAUCGUGCAUUCGGUAAUUUCACUCCAACUUUGUUUGCUGGUCAGAAUGUGAUGAAUUUCGUUUUCAUCUUCAUGGUGAAUUAUUUCGGCUAUACUAUUCCAUAUGAUAAGAUGCACCCUUGGUUCCAAUGGUUCUUCUGGGUCAAUCCACUAGGAUAUGCUUUCAAAGCAUUGAUGACCAACGAAUUCAAAGAUCAGUCAUUCUCAUGUGCUCAAUCUGCAAUUCCAUAUGGAGAUGGUUACACUGACAGUCUCCAUCGUAUUUGUCCUGUCGUUGGUUCGGUCGAAGGUGAAAUAAGUGUAGCUGGUGAAUCUUACUUGAAGCACACCUUUAGCUUUAAAGUAAGUGAACGUGCUAUUGACGUUAUUGCCAUCUAUCUUCUCUGGUUAUUCUAUAUUGCACUCAAUAUCUUUGCUAUUGAAUUCUUUGAUUGGACAUCAGGUGGUUACACUCACAAAGUCUACAAGAAGGGUAAAGCACCAAAGUUGAACGAUGUUGAGGAAGAACGUAAUCAAAACAAGAUUGUCGAACAAGCUACUUCCAACAUGAAAGAGAAUCUCAAGAUUGCUGGUGGUAUCUUUACUUGGGAGAAUAUCAACUACUCUGUACCAGUUCCUGGUAUCGGUCAAAAGCUGUUACUCGAUGAUGUACUUGGUUGGAUUAAGCCUGGUCAAAUGACUGCAUUAAUGGGUUCUUCUGGUGCCGGUAAGACAACUUUACUCGACGUCUUGGCAAAGCGUAAAACAAUCGGUAUCGUUCAAGGAGAGUCUGCACUCAACGGUAAACCUUUGAAGAUCGAUUUCGAACGUAUCACUGGUUAUGUAGAACAAAUGGAUGUACAUAAUCCAGGUCUUACUGUGCGUGAAGCUCUUCGAUUCUCUGCUAAACUCCGUCAGGAACCAGAGAUUCCACUCGCUGAGAAAUUCGAAUAUGUCGAGCGUGUCUUGGAGAUGAUGGAAAUGAAACAUCUAGGUGAUGCACUCGUUGGUAGUUUGGAGACUGGUAUCGGUAUCUCUGUAGAGGAGCGUAAGCGUUUAACCAUUGGAUUGGAGUUGGUAGCGAAACCCCAUAUUCUUUUCCUCGACGAACCAACCUCUGGUCUCGACGCCCAAUCUUCCUACAACAUUGUUAAAUUCAUUCGUAAACUUGCCGAUGCUGGAAUGCCUUUGGUUUGCACCAUUCAUCAACCAUCGCCAGUUCUCUUUGAGCACUUUGACCGUUUGCUCCUCUUGGCAAAAGGUGGAAAGACUGUCUAUUUCGGUGAUAUCGGUGAAAACUCUCAGACUUUGAUCAACUACUUUGUUAGAAACGGUGGAAGAGAGUCUGAUCCAUCAGAGAAUCCAGCUGAGUAUAUUCUCGAUGUAAUCGGUGCCGGUGUCCAUGGAAAGACCGACUACGACUGGAGUGCCAUCUGGAAGAGUUCACCAGAGUACAGCCAAAUCAAAGCUGAACUCGCACUUCUCAAAACCGACGAAGAGUUGGUGAAAUACAUUAAUUCAUCCAAUGUUAAAAAUGAAGUUCCAAGAGAGUUUGCUACCAGUUUCCUCACUCAAUUCAUUGAAGUCUACAAACGUUUCAAUCUGAUGUGGUGGAGAGAUCCACAAUACACCAUUGGUUCAUUCGCGCAAUCGAUUAUCUCAGGUUUGAUUGUGGGUUUCACAUUCUUCAAGUUGGAAGAUUCGUCAUCCGAUAUGAAUCAAAGAAUAUUCUUCUUGUGGGAAGGUAUGGUUCUAGGUGUGCUCCUCAUCUACUUGGUAUUACCGCAAUUCUUUAUCCAAAAGAGUUUCUUUAAGCGUGACUAUGCUAGUAAAUACUAUUCAUGGCACAGUUUCUCAUUGGCAAUCGUUGCCGUUGAAAUGCCGUAUGUCAUCAUCUCAACCACUCUGUUCUUCUUCUGUACCUACUGGACUGCCGGUCUCCAAUUUGAUGCAAUCUCUGGAUUCUACUACUGGUUAAUUCACGCCAUGUUUGGACUCUACAUUGUAUCAUUCAGUCAGGCUCUGGGUGCAGCGUGUUUUGACAUUGCCAUCUCAAUUGCAAGUCUUCCCAUUCUCCUUUUCUAUAUCUUCUUGUUCUGUGGUGUUCAAGUUCCCUAUGCUUUGUUGCCACCGUUCUUCCGCUUUAUGUACUAUUUGAAUCCUGCAAAAUAUCUAUUGGAAGGUAUUGUAACUACCAUUCUCAAGCCAGUCGAAGUCAUCUGUAAAUCAGACGAUCUCAUUAGAUUCACAUCGCCAAGCGGACAAACCUGUGAGCAAUACACCGAACGAUUCACUCAAAAUUCACCAGGUUACGUAGUAUCACUCAAUGCCAAUCAAACCGAAUGUGGAUAUUGUGUCUAUAAAAAUGGUGAAGAAUACUAUCAGUCAUUGGAUUGGAAGUAUGAAAAUAGAUGGAGAAACUUUGGAAUCUUGGUUGCCUACUGGGCAUCGUCUAUCCUCUUUAUUCUUGGUUUCGUUUAUUUGACCAAGAAAGCUAGAAGAUAA